AUGAGCUACGCGCAGCCGGUCGUCUAUCACUACCCAACACUGCCUCCAGAUGAGAUCACGGCAUGUCUUCGAGAAUUGCACAUCGCCGUCACGGCAGACGAUCUAGUCCGACCUACAGCGAGCAAGAUGCAGCUCAUCUACUCCAUGUUUGCGGAUAUCAUGAUGGGCGUCACCUCAGACUUCAUCUAUAGCUGUAAAACAGCCUGUGAGCAAUGCUCAGACCACCCAGAUCUCUUUGCAGAUCCAGCACACCUCAUGAUCUUCUACAACUAUCUUCGCAUCUUGAUGAAGGAAGUCGGGUAUCACCAAUUCGCGCUGCAAGAUCUCAUCAAACCCGAACCCAAACGCGUCUUGCAAAACUUGUCUGCCAUUAUCAAUUUUGCAAAGUUUAGGGAAGAGCGAUUGGGUGUGUAUGAGCAAUACACUGCAAAGGCCUCUGAGCUCUGGGAAGAUCAUGAACAGAUCCUUGCAGACAACAAGGAACUCAUUGAUUCCGUGGAGGAAGUCCGCGCCAAUCGUGUACGCGAGGAACCACACGUUGCUAAAGCCAAGCAAGUGAAUGAAGGCCUCACUGCUGAAUUGUAUGACUUGAAACGCGUCGAGGGACAGACCAUGGCAGAGUAUGAUCGCGUGAAGGGUGAAAAAGCCGAACUCACAGAACGUCUGCAUCAACGACAAGUAUUGCGACAGAAUGCUGAACGCGACACAGCGAAAGUCAAGUUGAAGAUUGUGCAUUCGCCGGAACAGCUGAAGCAGGGAUUACUGGACAUGUCCGCCUCUCUCAAGGAUGAACGUCAGCGUAUUGAAGAACGCGGACUGCAUAGCCGCUGUAUCGGCGCAAAGGCAGACAAGCUGGGCUUGAUUGAGCGUGAUUUGGAUACCUGCAUCAAGCUCUAUGAAGAAUGCGUCGUUGAAUUGCACCGCGUGGAAAUGGCGCGCAAGAAGCGAUCACAUGUGGAGGAAACGCUUGAUGGCAAGCGUUUGGAUGUGCGUGACUUGAGUGUCCGUGAGACGCAGCUGCAUCGGCAAGUAGCCAUCAAUGAGGAUAAAAUGGCGAGGCUUACGAAAUGGGUGGAUGCAAAGCUUGAGGCGAAUCGUGCAAGGAUGGCACGCAACGAGGAGGAACACCGUGAACUUCAGGAUGACCGUGUACAGAUGGACAACGAAGCUGACAAGAAGCAUGCCAUCAUUGAAGCCACGCAGAGCAAGAUUGAUGCGCUCAGGGAGGAGUUGAAUGCAGAGGUGGAUGAUGUCAAUAUGGAGUUUGCAAAGCUGUCGGAUCAUGUGUCGUUGUACAUGGGUAUGAUCGCGCAGACCAUGCAGCAGUGUGCUAUCGUCUCUGAGUAA